CGCAUUCUCUGCCUCGCCUCCCUCAUCUCGAACUCCAACACAUUUUCUCAGAUCAUAACGACAUGGCUAAAGGUGCUGCAGCGGCUGAGAAGCCCACAAAAUUGGCCAAGAAGAAGUCCCAGCAGGACUUGAAGGCAGACGCGCCCAUCAAGACCAAGAAGGCGAAGCAGGUAGAGGAAGUGGCUACUCCUGCUGCUACCGAGACUCCCUCGUCAUCAAAAGCGAAGAAGGAGAAAAAGGAGAAGAAGGGCAAGGAGGCCGUGAAGGAGUCUGAGUCGGCACCCGCACCCGCACCGGUCAAGGCGAAGGGCGAGAAGAAGAAACAGGUGUCCAUCGCGGAGGAUUCACCUGCUAAGGCGGAGAAGGCGGAGGCUGCGUCACCCGCGGACAAGAAGAAGAGGAAAGCGGCCGCUGUGGAGGAGAAGGCUGAGGAGAGCCCAGAAAAGUCGAAGAAAAAGCGAAGGGGGUCCGUCGCUGCUCCCUCUGCCGAGGUCGUGAGCAAGGAGGUUGUAAAGGAGGCCGCAAAACCCAAGUUCUCAAAGAAGAGCAAGCCCACCCCUGAGGAGUCGCCCGUCCAGCCUGCGCCGUCCAAGAAGGAGGGCAAGAAGACGAAGGCGAAAGCGGCUCCCAAGGCCCCCUCACCUGAACCCGCAGAGUCUGCGGACGAGGCUGAGGCGGACGAGGCGGAAGAAGAGGAUGGAGAGAAGGAGUUCUACGGCUUCUCUUCAGACGACGAUGAUUCGUCCGACGAGGAAAUGGCGGACGACAUUCCCGGUAUCGACAUCGGUAAGCUGCCGACGAUUGCGAAAGACGACGAGACGGUGAAGCGCAAGCUUGAAAAGGCCAAGCGGAAACCGACAGAGGACCGCGGCGUGAUCUACCUCGGACGGAUACCCCACGGUUUCUUCGAGGCUCAGAUGCGCGCAUACUUCGCGCAGUUUGGGACCGUCACCCGCCUUCGCCUCUCCCGUAACAAAAAGACUGGCAAGUCGAAGCACUACGCCUUCAUCGAGUUCGACUCGUCCUCGGUCGCACAGAUCGUCGCGGAAACAAUGGACAACUACCUGCUCAUGGGCCACAUCCUCACGUGCAAGCUCAUCCCCAAGGACCAGGUGCACCCCGAGCUUUGGGUCGGCGCGAACAGGAAGUGGAGAGCCGUCCCCCGCGAUCGUGUCGCGCGCGUUGCGCACAAUAAGCCGCGGACAGAGGAGCAGCAAGACAAGGCGGAGAGCCGGUUGCUGAAGCGCCAAGAUCAGCGCAAGCGCAAGCUGGAAGAGGCGGGGAUCAAGUAUGACUUCGAGGCAGUAGCAUACAAAAAGAAGCCCAAGGCGACUGAGGCAUAGGGCUUGUCAUGGCUCGCCGUCCUUACCACGGUCUUUGGGUUUCCCUGGUCUCGCUCGGCAGAGGCCAUAGCUCGCUUGUGUGACUGGCACUUCAAUUACGACACACUGGAUUCGUAGAUCCUCG